AUGACGACACAACCAAUGAGGACACAACCAAUGAGGACACAACCAAUGACGACACAACCAAUGAGGACACAACCAAUGACGACACAACCAAUACAUUCUCUUCUGCUGCCCACCCCCGCAACAGUGUAGGAUUAAGCUAGUUCGGGGCCUGUAGCAUGUGAUGUUAUAAAGGGGCCCUAAAUAGACAAAAAUACAUGGAUAUUAAAACACAUUUUUAACUUGCAUAGUAAUCGUAUUUUUUCAUUUGCUAUACAGUAUACAGCCAGAUAAUACGACAAAUCGCUAACCUUAAACACCCAGUCGUUCAUAAAAGCCGAAGGCUUUUGAUAGUGCGGGGCCUCGUAGUUACAACACGUGUAGGCCCCGUGUAGGCCUCGUGGCUGCCACACGUGUAGGCCCCGUGUAGGGCUCGUGGCUACUACAUGUGUAGCUACUUGUGCUACGAGGAUCACCAGGAACUGGCCCGCAGCCUGAAUCACUGCGGAGGGCACACGGAGAGAGACGGAGAGAGACCCCUGCCACCCCCACACACAAGAGUUCCUUCCUGCGAAGGCGAUUCUUCUAAAGUGAAGGUGCAAGACGGACGGACGGACAGCAAGACAAGAUGAUAGGUAGGCAGAUAGACAGCCCUAACAAGCAGAACGACGACGAACAGCAUUAUAGAUAGACACGCAGAGGCAUGCAGGUCGACAAAACUUGGAAAAAUAGAUUAACGGACUUACAAACAGUACAAAAGUUACGCAGAUAAUGAGAAGGAAGGGAAUACAGCAGCAGCUCAAUAGAAUGAUCGGCAUACAGACAGACAGGCAGAGAGACAAAUACGGAGGAAGAUAGUUGUAUAUGGAAAUGAAACUUAAACAACCGCUGUUUUCAAAACUUAAAACCCAGUUAUUGAUUGGCCAGGGUCAAGGCCACUCCGAUUAGCACGGUUGGCUACGUACGGUGCGAAAGAAGUUAAACAUACGGUACAUACACAGAAGUAUAAAGUAGCAUAUACAGCCUUAGAGCGUAGCAACACAGACGUGCUGGCGUUGAAGCAACCCUGUGACCCGAAUCAACUGCUACCAACAACGCUACUGCUGCUCCUGCUAGGGACGACGACGAUGACAACGUGACUGACAACGUUGCCCAAUGCACCCGGACAGCAAAGCUCACUUGGACAUUCAUCUCAUCCCCAGCACCUUGGCCCGCUCCUCCCUGAGCCACCAUCACCAUGCCUCCUGCAGGCCGGCGCCCAGCCUGCCCCCUCCUGCCGCUGCUGCUCCUCCUGUGCCUCACCUGGCCGGCGUUGGCGCCCAUGGGCGCCAACACGGGCCCGUCGUGUCCCAACGGCUGCGCGUGUCACCUCGACAGCUACGGCCGCUUCUCCAGCUACAGCCUGACGCGUGUCGACUGCUCGUCGUCAGGACUGCGGGACUUCCCCGCCACUCUGCCUCUGACCACGACGCACCUCUCGCUGGUGGACAACCACCUGGGCCCGACGGUGAACCCAGGCGGACCCGGUUACACGACCCUGCUGGCUCUCAACCUCAGUCACAACGGCGUGAAGCGCCUGCACAAGGGCACCUUCUCCAGGCUGCGCUACCUGGACGCGCUGGAUCUGAGCUACAACGCCGUGGGGCAGGUGGACGCGGGCGCCUUCGAGAGGGCUCCGUUGUCCACAAUCGACCUGAGCCACAACGCCCUGUCGGACGAGUUCGACCUGAGCGCGUUUGAAGCGGACCUGCCGGUGAUUGGGGUUCAGAGGCUGUCCCUUGACCUGUCCCACAAUCGGAUCAGCGCCCUGAAGCGAAAGGGAGGAGGGGGUGGUGGUGGUGCUCCUGCUGGAACGCUGCACAUACGAAGUCUCAACCUGGCUGCAAAUGCUCUCAUGGAGGCGCCACCACCGGAACUUCUGAGACACCUACCAGACCUACAAUACCUCAGCCUGGACUCAAACCCCAUAACUCGACUCCGACAGUCAGCCUUUUUUCACCUCAGGGACCUCACACACCUAUCCCUCCGUAACCUCGCUCCGGAUGUACACUUUUCCAGAGGAACCUUCCGGGGUCUCGAGGGGACACUGCAAGUCUUGGACCUUUCUGAAAACUGCCAGUCAGGAGUUACCCUUUUGGGAGUCGAGCUGGGCGAGCUGAGAUCGCUGUUUGAACUUCAGCUGUCGGUGUCUGACGACCCAUCUCUGGCCCUGCUGCCGGCGGCCCUGGGCCUCCCCCUAGCAGGCGCGUGGAAGUGCUGGGAGCCACGGUACCCCAAAGGUCGUGCCGCCACGCACAAAGUGACCGGGGGCUGCAUGAACGUGGCGUGUUACAGAUUCCCCGCGCACGAGACGCUCUAGCCGAGCGCUGGAAACUGCAGCUCCCCCUCCGCGACCCACCGUCGUACGUACGCCUUUCCACGUUCAGCACGGCCGUGCUCUCCCUUCGCAGUGGAAACUGAAGUGGUUACACGCUCUAAGCGUACCCGACUGUUUGGUCACGUUUGAAGGAAUGGGUGGUGACCACACUUGAAAACCAUGAGCCGCACGGCUCGCCAUCCCGGCCAGGUGCGGUCUCCGUACAUCCCCUUCAUGGCGUCGUCCCGAACAAAUUCGCCGACGUGCCGGCUUGGAACCUGACGUGGCGUCCCCCGUUGCCUUGGUGAAUUCCGAUGAACGUUACGUAUUGCACACGCCACAUGAUUGAUAAACGCGUGCUGAUGAUUUGUGGAGAGCGCUGGUACGAUUGUAAGAGAUUGGUGAUGCUGCUGCGUUGACCAGCCCCCCUCAUUAAUAAUCAUGAGCGGGUGACGUCACUAUGCAUGGAGGACCCCCCCUCAUUAAUAAUCAUGCGCAGGUGACGUCCUCCAAAUGGACAC